UCACUCUCUUUUCCCGUGCCCUGCCGCACACGUUUUCAAAGUUUUUUCCAUCGAAUCGGAGCGUGGUGUAGUAAGCUGUUUAAAAGUAUUCGGUCUCGAUUAAAUUUAUAGUAUAAAGUGUAACCUCAAGGAACCUAGCUGCAAAUUUUUCAUUCAAAACACACAACACCAACUUGAGACGCAGAUAAAAGUUAAACAGCCGAAAAAAUGGUCAAAGAAACUGGGUACUAUGAUCUUCUGGGCGUAAAGCCCAAUGCCACGCCCGAGGAGCUGAAGAAGGCCUACCGGAAGCUGGCCCUGAAAUACCACCCCGACAAAAACCCAAACGAGGGAGAGAAGUUCAAGGCCAUCUCCCAGGCCUACGAAGUGCUGUCGGAUACGGACAAGCGUCAGGUGUACGACGAGGGCGGUGAGGCGGCGAUCAAGAAGGGUGGAGCCGACUCCGGCGACUUCCGGAAUCCGAUGGACUUCUUUGAGAAGUUCUUCGGUGCUGGCUUUGGCGGCGGCGGCGGCGGUCGACGACGAGAGCGACGCGGCAAGGAUGUGGUGCAUCAGAUGUCCGUGCAGCUGGAGGAGCUGUACAACGGCGCCACCCGGAAGCUGCAGCUGCAGAAGAACGUCAUUUGCGACAAGUGCGAGGGCCGUGGAGGCAAGAAGGGCAGCAUCGAGAAGUGUAUGCAGUGCCGAGGCAACGGUGUGGAGACCCGUGUCCAGCAGAUCGCCCCCGGUAUCAUGCAGCACAUCGAGCAGGUGUGCCGCAAGUGCUCGGGCACCGGCGAGACCAUCCAGGAGAAGGACCGUUGCAAGAACUGCAACGGCAGGAAAACGGUGCGGGAGCGAAAGGUCCUCGAAGUGCACAUCGAGAAGGGUAUGCGGGACGGCCAGAAGAUUGUGUUUAAUGGCGAGGGUGAUCACGAGCCGGAAUCUCAGCCUGGCGAUAUUAUUAUUCUGCUGGACGAAAAGGAGCAUGCGACGUUCGCGCAUGCCGGGCAGGACCUCAUGAUGAAGAUGCCAUUGCAGCUGGUCGAAGCCCUGUGCGGCUUCCAACGAAUUGUCAAGACUCUGGAUGAUCGCGAUCUGCUCGUCUCCACAAAACCCGGUGAAGUUAUCCGGCACGAGAUGACCAAGUGCAUUGCCGACGAGGGCAUGCCCAUUUACAAGAACCCCAUGGAAAAGGGACUGUUGAUCAUUCAGUUCGAGGUAAUCUUCCCCGACGUGAUCAAUCCGACAGUGGUGCCCGCCCUCCAACAGUGCCUGCCACCGGCGCCGCAGGUUGACAUUCCAAUCGAUGCAGAGCACACUGAGUUGGUGGACUUUGAUCCCAAGGCCCGCCGCAACCAACACCAGCGCAUGGCCUACGACGAGGACGAUGGCGGCUAUCAGGAUGGCCCCCGAGUCCAGCAGUGCACAUCGAGCUAAGCGCCUCGCCGAGUGCUGGAUUCCACUCCCUCCCCCCCCACAAACCCAAACACACCUAUCCAACCAGGCAGUAAUAAUAUACAACAUAGCUCCCGGAACACGUAAACUGUGCUUGCAAAUGGCCGAAGAACUCUUAAGAAAUCCUAAAGCACCCAAGAAACACCACACACAC